AUGAUGAAGUGUUUUACAAUAUUCAAAGACAAGUCGAAAUCCCGGGAACCGAGAUCGGCGCCGGAAUUGAGUAAUCAACGAAAAUCAGAUAAUAUGGAUUCAAGGCGGGCAUGUAAAUCCACUGGUUCAGCUUCAUCCCCUCGGAGUAUAACAGAAAUGUAUAAAGAAAAAGAGCAGAAUUUGAGGGUUUUUUCUGUGUCAGAAUUGAGAGAAGCAACUAAAAAUUUCAACAGGCUGCUGAAGAUUGGGGAAGGUGGUUUUGGUAGUGUUUAUAAAGGCACAAUUGUGCCUCCAAAUGGGCAGGGAGAUUCCAUCGUGGUUGCCAUUAAAAAACUCAAUACACAUGGAUUACAGGGCCAUAAACAAUGGGUUGCAGAGGUCCAAUUCCUUGGAGUUUUGGAUCACCCCAAUCUUGUAAAGCUUUUAGGAUACUGCGCUUUGGAUGGAGAGAGAGGAAUCCAACGCUUAUUGGUUUAUGAAUACAUGCCCAAUAAGAGCUUGGAGGAUCAUCUUUUCAACCGGUCAAUGCCAACAGUUCCUUGGAGAACAAGACUACAUGUUAUUCUUGGGGCCGCUGAAGGAAUGGCUUAUCUCCAUGAGGGCGUGGAAGUUCAGGUGAUAUAUCGUGAUUUCAAAUCCUCGAAUGUGCUUUUGGAUAAGGAUUUCAAUGCAAAGCUUUCCGACUUUGGACUUGCAAGGGAAGGUCCAACUGGAGACCGAACUCACGUGUCUACUGCGCCUGUGGGGACCCGUGGAUAUGCUGCCCCUGAAUAUGUUGAAACGGGUCAUCUUACAAUCAAGAGUGACAUAUGGAGCUUCGGAGUUGUGCUUUACGAGAUACUCACAGGAAGACGGACUUUGGAAAGAAACCUCCCCACGAUGGAGCAGAAGCUUCUAGAUUGGGUGAAACAUUUCCCGGCUGAUAGUAAGAGAUUUAACAUGAUAAUGGAUCACCGACUCCAAAACCAAUAUUCCCUAACUGCAGCCAGGAGAAUCGCCAAGUUGGCAGAUAGCUGCUUAAACAAGAACCCAAAAGAUCGGCCGGCUAUGAGUGAAGUGGUCGAGAUCUUGAAGCAAGCAAUUCAAGAUUCAGAAGAAGGAACUUCUUCACACGUAAGAAGUCCUCAGUCAUCCAGAACUAAUCCGUCUGCCUCAGAUAAGCAGAAUAAAGUUACCAAUGCUGGUAGAGGGAUGGCUCCUACGGUUCGGGCUUGA